AUGCUCUGGAAGAUAUAUCUGCUGUCGUUGACCGCUCUGGUUGGGGCCAGUCAGCUCCCUCUGCCUGGCGAUACAUGUACCCUUCGUGAUCAUAGUGUUCUUCCACAGCUGAGCAAGUACAUCAACUCCCUUGCUAAACAGUUCAAGAUCCCUGGGUUGUCUCUUGCUGUAGUCUAUGCGGAUGACGAUGAGCCAGAAUAUUUCAACUUGGGUGUCCGCUCUGAGGAAGGCGAGUCCUCUAGUGAGGACACACUGUACUGCAUCGCCUCCAACUCCAAAGCAUUCACGGCCACCGCUCUCGGAAUCCUGAUAGACGACUUCGAGCACGGGCGGAACGUGACUGCCCUACCGGGCGGGGUCGAAUUCGGUUGGAAGACAAAGCUGGCAGACCUCUUGCCUGAUGAAUGGGCUCUGAAAGACCAGUGGGCAUCGGAGAAGACAAAUCUGAUCGAUAUGUUGAGUCAUGUUACCGGGCUUCCUAGGCACGAGUUUUCUUAUGCGCCAGGAGAAACGCUGCAAGAGAUGGUCGAGACACUGAGGUACCUGGAGCCUACAUUUGAGUUCCGAGAGAGGUUCCAGUAUAAUAACAUGAUGUACUGCACUGCUUCCUAUAUCAUCCAGAAGUACUCCGGUCAGAGCCACAUGUCGUUUGUCGCAGAACGUCUGUUCAAGCCUCUCGGAAUGAACUCGUCCACUUUCUUCCCCGAGGUUGCCUUCAAUUCGGGCAUGCUUGCGGAAUCCUGGCUGGAUACGGCGGGUCCGGGGUUCAACGAAACGAGGAGAGUGCCAUACUUCCUUCCGGAGUGGACGGAAGCUGUUGUUGCCUUGAACGCUGGUCCUGGAGGAGUGAUCUCGAGCGCCAGAGAUCUUACUCACUGGGUUCGCACUCUUUUGAAUGAGGGAACGAACCCAUUCACGAGAGAGCAAGUUAUCCCCAAGAGCGUUUUGGACACGGUUACAGUGGGUCAUUCGAUGGAAGCAGGAAAGGGGAUGUUUCCUGAGCUGUCGCCAACAGUCUAUGGGGGAGGUUGGGAGCGAUGGUCCUAUGCUGGGCAUGAGAUGAUACAGCACGGUGGUAGCGUGCCUGGAUUCAGCAGUGCGAUCACCCUGCUUCCAGGUGAUGGCGUUGGUAUCCUUGCGUUGAGCAAUGGAGAUGGGAUGGGGUUUAUCCUGCUGGCUCUUACUGCCAGGAUAAUGGAGGAGCUAUUCAGCCUUCCGCAUAUUGACUGGGCAGGACGCUUUCGUAAUGCCACCGCUGAUGAAGAACCACAUGCUAGUGAACCUGUCACCGGACCAUCUGCAUCGGAGACAUUAGCUCCCAUCUCUCAGUUCGCGGGCACAUACGCACGCCCUGGGUACUACGGCAACCUAACUCUCUGCGCCUGGCCCUCCGACCCCACAAGCGCUUGCAACGCCGUCCUGUCCGACUACGCACUCGCCGACCCCGACUUCGUCUCGCAGAACAAGACGACGCUGUACGCCUUCUGGGGGCGGGUAUUCGUCAGCCACGUCAAGCUGUCUCAACUCUCCAACACGACUUUCUCGCUCCAGGCUGACAGUCUCUACGUCUCCGGGUGCGGGAAAGACACGUCCCCGUUUUAUGUCCGACGGAAUCCGCAAGGGGGCGCGUUGGCCGAGUUUGGAUUCAGGGAUAGCAAGGUGAGCGGGUUUGGCGCGUGGGGGUUGAGUGCCGGGCCAAGGGAAAGGGUUCCUGGCCAGCCGGAGACGAGCAGCGAGGCCUGGUUUGAUAAGGUUGAAUGA